AUGUCAUCAAGUGGGAGGUAUCAAGGGCCGAUACCGACUAAAAUUUCCACCUUGAAUAAUCAAUAUGGGGGAGUGCCUAUUACUAAGGUAGCACCGUUAGAAGAGUUGAUAGACGAUUGCUUCAAAUAUUCUAUCGGACAACUUAACGAUGCAAAUAAAGUAGAUGUCGUCAGGCUGUUUUCGAGGUAUAUUGUGGAGGCACACUGUCAUGAAAAUCUUUCGUUUUUAAUUGAAAUAUUCAAAUACGAAUAUUACUUCGAUAAAAUAAUAAACAAGAGCAAAAAUACCAAUAGGGGGGCAAAAGAGAACUGUUACUUGAACCUGUCAUUGGGAAGAUCGAUAGGGGACCUUCCGUACCCCACAAAGAAAAGAGAAGGGGUAUUUGCAAGGAAAAAGAGUACUGCCGGGAUGUCUGUGCGAUCAGAGGAUCAUGAACCAAUGACAGUGUUUGCAUCUACUAUAGAUGAUUUAGAAGACGCACCUCAAGGCAGUGAAAUGAGUAAUGUGUGGGAUAACUUGAUGGAGAGGAACGUUGGAGACUCGGACACAGAAAAUGAGUCAGACGACGACAACGACGUGGAAUCGAAGAGUGUGGACAAAAGUGACACAGAAUCUGACCAUGAUUUAAUUGAAAAUCAAUGGAAUUUGAUCAUGAAUAGAUACGUGCUUCAUAACGCGCCAGAACAGAUUAAUCUCUAUAAUUUGUCGUAUAAGAAAAUCGUUGAAGAGGAUAAAAUUCCGAACAUUUUCCACAGCCCUUUGGUUUUGCUUCUGGCGAAAAAUGAGGUUUUGCGCUUACUAGAGGAAAAUGUAUAUAAUCUGUUUUCUAAUUCAUAUAAGGAAAAGGAUUCUAGAACCAGCUCGCCAAUCAUUCAACCUAGGAGGGUUCAAGAAAGUCCAUCUUCAUUAGGGAUGGAUGACUCUAAUAAGAGCCGCCUGAUUGCUAAAUCCCAUUCCGCCAAUGUCUCUCCAGUGUUAACUCCCACCAACUCGAAUGUUCCAAAGCUUUUCCACAAAAUGAACAAGUCGAGAUUAUUGCAUUUAUCGUCAUCUACAAACAAUUUACCUAUCGAUUCAGGAUCUAAUUCCUCGUCAUCUUCUGCAUCAUCCCUUUCAAAUAUAUUAGACCAUUUGAGGUUGAACACGAAUCAUGUCAAUUCUCCUUUAAAUGCUUCACCAAUUCAGACCCCGAACCAGAGUCAAUCGCACUCGCUUUCUACAAGUCCUUUAUAUUUGAAAGAGGAUAAAUUGUCCAAAUUUGGUAAAAUUUGGAGGUCAAAAAAGAGUACCUAA